AUGACCACCACCAACCACCACCAUGUGUCCAGCAAUCAUCCAAUGGAAGACAAUAAAUUUGUUAUGAUUACACCAGAAUUUUUCACUAAUAAGGUGUUCAGCUCCCGGGAAGAAUUGAUGAAUUGGGUAAAGGACGUGGCAUACUCUGUUGGUGUCGUUGUUGUCACCAAAAGAUCGAACAGUUAUCUUAGUGGUUUCGUAUAUAAAGUUGUACUCAUGUGUGAUCAUGGAGGCAAAUAUAAACAAAAGGGUUCAAUUAGAGCUCCCCGCACAAGAAAAACUGAUUGUCUAUUCGAAUUAGAAACGAAAUAUUCAGAUGAAUAUAAUUAUUGGACGCUAACAGUCAUAUGUUAUGGACAUAACCAUCGCCCUUUACAAAGCUCGGAGGGUCAUCCAUAUGCACAACGGUUAACUCAAGAUGAGUUUAGUUUGGUUGAAGAAUUGACAGCGAUGAAUAUGCCCCCACGUGAUAUUUCAUCAAGGAUUAGGGAGAAGAAUCUAGGUAAUGUGUCUACAAUAAGUACGAUCUACAACGCAUGCACUAAACUUCGCAUGGUCGAGCAAGUUCUCAUGGCUAUUUUGCAUUCUAAUAAUUAUGUUUAUGAAUUUUCUACAACUGCUUCAAACGAGCUAGAAAAUUUAUUCUUUGUGCAUCAAACAUCAUUCAAUAUUUGGCGUGCAUUUCCACAUGUGUUGAUUAUCGAUGCCAUGUACAAGACCAACUAUUACAAUUUGCCUCUAGUUGAGAUUGUUGGUGUAACGUCGACCAACAAGACAUUUUCGAUAGCUUUUGCAUUUAUACAAAAGGAAAAGACUGCUAACUAUACAUGGGUCUUAAACUGUCUUAAGUUGACAUUAGACAGUUGCAUGUACUCACGUGUUAUAGUUAUAGACAGGGAGUUGGUUCUAGUAAAUGCAUGCAAAGAAAUUUUCCCGGAUGCUGCUCAAUUACUUUGUAGAAUUCACAUCAGCCGGAAUAUUUUCGACCAUUGUAGGCAAACUAUUAAGUCAACCCGUGAUUGGUGCAACUUUAAUGCGUUAUAG